CUCAAAGAGGUUACAAAUUAAUAAAUAAAAGUUUUUUAUUAUGAUCUAACCUCGACUUUGAUUAAUUUAAAAUAUAAAAUAAUAAAAAGAAACAAUGAACUGUACAAGUGUUUUAAAUUCUUUAAGAAGAACAAUCAGUCCUUUGCUAACUUUACCCCCAGGAGUCGGAAUUCAACAAACUAGGAACACAUUUAUAUUGAAAAGACGUUAUAAGCUUCCUAUACUCGAGAAAGGUGGAAGAAUAAAAUUAUGGAAAGGCCGAUACUUUAUUUAUGAACUGGUAGAAAACACGGAUGUUAGAAAAAAAGAAAACCUUGAUGUCAUCCUUACUUCUUUCGUGGAAGGUAUAGGUGUUCGUGGAGACAGGUUGUCAUUGCACCCUAAAAUCGCGUACAACAAAUUACUUUUGCCGGGGUUGGCAGUUUACGCUUCUCCGGAAAACAUUAAAAAGUAUGAGGAAGAAGUCGGAGCACCUACGCAGACAUUCUCAUCACCAUGGGUGCCAAACACAAUGAGGGUUCUCGAUAAGACACUGCUGGAAGUUUUCAUGUCAGCUGAUAACCCCUGGACCCUUACUCCCGAGCACGUGAGAUCGGCGUUUCGUGAAAAAAAAAUUCAUAUGGGUAAAGACUGCGUCACACUGCCUGAGCGACCAAUAAAUGGACCGGAUCUUGAGAUGGAGAACAAAGAAUUUUAUGUUACCGUAACAAUUAAUCAAAGAGAAAAAGUUAAUGUGAGAUGUAGAAUUAGAUUCCGCAGCAAUAAUCCAAAUAAAAUUCUACCAGAUCCUGAAGCUCAUCUUAAAAAAACAGAACCGAUAUACCCAGAAUUUAAAUCUGUUUUAGAGGCAAUGCCUGAACCUGAUCAUAAAAAACACCCCGACUCCAUAACUCAUACAAUUCAGUAAAUGUAUAUGUUCUUUUGUUAAAAUAAAAUAAUUUUUAAAAUUA